UCAUUCUAGGGUUCAAGAAGCAAGACUGAUUCCUAUAACUCGAAGCAGUAGUGUUUUGGCUCACCCGUCCUCUUGCUGCUGCCGCCGCCGCCGUCGCCGCCUCGCGGAGUUCUCGGUUUGAAGGAGGGACGAGAUACUUAUCUGAACAAUGAGCAAGCUACAGAGUGAUGUCCUGAGGGAAGCUAUUUCCCAGGUUGUUGGUGAUUCUAGGGAGAAGAAGCGUAAAUUUACAGAAACUGUUGAGUUACAAAUUGGGCUGAAAAAUUAUGAUCCUCAAAAGGACAAACGAUUCAGCGGGUCUGUGAAGCUACCUCAUAUUCCUCGCCCAAAAAUGAAAGUGUGCAUGCUUGGUGAUGCUCAACAUGUUGAAGAGGCAGAGAAGAUAGGAUUGGAUUAUAUGGAUGUUGAGAGUUUGAAAAAGAUGAACAAAAAUAAGAAGUUGGUAAAAAAACUUGCUAAGAAAUAUCAUGCUUUCCUAGCAUCAGAAGCUAUUAUCAAGCAGAUUCCUCGUCUCCUUGGCCCUGGUCUUAACAAGGCAGGGAAAUUUCCCACAUUGGUUACCCACCAAGAAUCUUUGGAGGCAAAAGUUAACGAGACAAAGGCCAUGGUGAAGUUUCAACUCAAAAAGGUUCUUUGCAUGGGAGUAGCAGUGGGCAACUGUGCAAUGGAGGAGAAGCAGAUCUUUCAGAACGUGCAACUCAGUGUCAAUUUCCUUGUGUCUUUGCUGAAGAAGAACUGGCAAAACGUGAGGUGCUUGUACCUGAAGAGUACAAUGGGGAAGCCAUACAGAGUAUUCUAAUUGCGCUACUUCAAAGUUAUGUGCUAGAAUUUUGUCUAUGAAGCAAGUAUGGAAAGAUCUGAGGGUACCAAAGCCAUUACAGAACUGUCUUCUAUUGAGUCUCCAAUCGAACUAUUUGUUUAUUAAGCAGUGUCUUCUACUGUGAGAGACAUUCUUGUUUGACUUACAGUAUCAUGUUUUGACUUAAAUUCCCUGUUUGAUCACUUUAUUUCGUUGA